AUGCCCAAGGAGCGGCCGCUCUGGCGGGGCGCCGCUUUCCGCCUCUGCCUGCUCUCCGCCGCGCUCUUCCUCUGCCUGCAGCUGGGCAUCAGGCGGUCCUGGUGUCCGGAGGAGAAGUCCCGGGACGCGGCGGCGGUGGCUCGGGCGCCCGCCCCGUCGCGCGGAGCGGAGCAGCGCCCGGGCGCGGUGGCGGUGGCCGGGGGUGGCCGUCGGAGGGUCACCUACGUGCGGAGCGGGCGGCGGGGCAGCGCCGUGCCCGCCUGCUGCGCCCCGCAGCCCCCGGGCAGCCACCGCAGGAAGACUGCAAGAUGGCACAUUGAACUACAACCAUGGGCAAGUCCAACCCCUUCCCUCAAUUAUGAGGCCUCAAGGUUCCUAAAGUACAUUAGCACUUCUCAGAUUACAUGUGAACACAUGAACCUGAACAGCUUGAAAGGGUACUCCGAAAGCACAAAAAAGCCCUGGUCAGUCUGUCUUGAUGAGAGGUUUAGCCUCAUCCAUCGAAUCAGAAGCAAGCAAUGCCGACUCUAUUCACUUGGGCUAGGCAACGAUGACACCCAGUUUGAGCUCAGCAUGGCCAACAGUGGAUGUGAGGUGCAUCGUUUCGACCCCAGCAUCAAGUCAGCACACAUUCAGGAGGGCCGGCACCUCUGGUACCAUCGCCUCUCCAUUGACUGGAGGGAUCCCAACCCAGCCAUUGCAGCUCAUAAACUUCACAGCAACACAAAGAAGCUGGGCACAGUAUUGAAUGAAUUUGGACAUCAGAAGAUUGACGUCCUCAAGGCAGACGUGGAGAGUGCUGAGUGGAAAAUUUUGGAAAACCUGAUCCUGGAAGAUGUUGUUGAGCAGAUAGGACAGCUGGUCUUUGAGGUGCACAUCCACUGGCCGGGGUUUGAGGUCAGUGGCAAUGACAGCACCGUGGUGCGGUACUGGUACAGUCUGCUCCGAGAACUGGAGCUGAAGGACUUCAGGCUUUUCCAUACCUACAAAGACUUAUCAAAACCACAGAUGUUUCUGAAAAAGGAAGACUUCAACGCCAGUAGCUGUUACACACUGAGCUGGGUAAAUACAAGAUGGAAAUAG